AUGAAAAUUAAUAAGCCUAGAAGGUUGGAAACAUUAACAGGUGAGGGGGAGAUAGAAAUCGGAAUCUUAUAUCGCCGUCGUUAAGAUGCCACCGGCCGGAGAACUCCGAGAUCAAUCUCCAUCGAAGAAUAACAAUAACAAUCAAUCUUCCGAUACUCAAUCCGCAGAAGCAGCAGCAGCAGCCAUAUCUGCAGCAGCUGCAGAUGCGGAGGCUGCUGGGUUAUGGACACAGAUCAAAGCGGAAGCUCGCCGUGACGCUGAGGCUGAGCCAGCUUUAGCCAGCUAUCUCUACUCGACGAUUCUCUCUCACUCUUCUCUAGAACGAUCUAUCUCGUUUCAUCUAGGAAACAAGCUUUGCUCAUCGACGCUUUUAUCAACGCUUUUGUACGAUCUCUUCUUAAACACUUUCACCUCCGAUCCUUCUCUUCGUAACGCCACCGUCGCCGAUCUACGCGCCGCUCGUGUUCGUGAUCCCGCUUGUAUCUCUUUCUCUCAUUGCCUCCUCAAUUACAAAGGCUUCUUAGCGAUUCAGGCGCAUCGUGUUUCACAUAAGCUAUGGACACAGACUCGGAAGCCAUUAGCAUUAGCACUACACUCAAGAAUCUCUGAUGUGUUUGCUGUUGAUAUCCAUCCAGCAGCGAAGAUUGGAAAAGGGAUACUUCUUGACCACGCAACGGGAGUUGUAAUAGGUGAAACAGCUGUGAUUGGGAACAAUGUUUCGAUCCUUCACCAUGUGACACUUGGUGGAACUGGGAAAGCUUGUGGAGAUAGACAUCCAAAGAUAGGUGAUGGUUGUUUGAUUGGAGCUGGAGCAACUAUUCUUGGAAAUGUGAAGAUUGGUGCAGGAGCUAAAGUAGGUGCUGGUUCUGUAGUGUUGAUCGACGUGCCUCCUCGAGGUACAGCUGUUGGGAAUCCGGCGAGACUCGUUGGUGGAAAAGAGAAGCCGACGAGUCUUGAUGAGGAAUGUCCCGGAGAGUCGAUGGAUCAUACUUCAUUCAUCUCGGAAUGGUCAGAUUACAUCAUUUAAAGUUAUUGUUAUUAUUGUUUAUGUGUUCUUGAAAGGGUAAACCUUUCGACCAUUUGCUUGUUGAGAGAUGUAAGUGGUUCUAUGAAUUGUGAGUGAGCUUUGAUGUUUUUGUAAUCUUACAUAACAUCUUAGGAUGUCGAUACAAUAAAUGGUCUUCUUCUACUUUGGAUUCAA